AUGUCUUUCUCUACCGUUUUCCGUCGUGCCGCCGUCGCACCAGCUUUCUCUGCCCGUGCUUUCAGCACCACAGCCGCUCGACCUCUGGCCAAGAUCACCAUCAUUGGCAACCUUGCCGACACCCCAGAGGUUCAACCCACCAGCAACGGCCGUGACAUCGUUCGCUACUCUAUCGCCAGCAACUCUGGUCACCGCGAAAACCGCAAGACGAGCUGGUUCAAGGUCACCAGCUUCGCCGAGGGUCCCUCUCGAGACUACCUUAUGAGCCUUCCCAAGGGUGCUACAGUCUAUGUCGAGGGUGACGCCACUAUGCGCUCUUACACCGACGCCAGCGGCCAGAACCGCACAAGCCUCAGCGUUGUCCAGCGCCAAAUUGAGGUUCUUCGACGUCCCCAAGCUCCCGAGCAGGGCGAGUAA